AAAAUAAGGAGUACUUUUUGUACUGAAAACUGAAAAGAAAAGAAGAAAAUGUGAAAAACAACUCUUACAAAAAAGGAUCAAGAAGAAAGGUUCACGAGACCGAGAAGAAGAACUCAAGAACAUGACACUAGGACUGAUCAAUGCGAAUCCAGUGGUUCACGCCAAGAAGGAGCGAUCCCCCCGCGCCGCAGAUCUCCACGCGGAAUACGCCGUUGAUCCCCUGGAAAUUUAUGACUUUUUGAGGGAUAUUAGAGAUCCGGAGCAUCCGUAUUCUCUAGAGCAGCUCAGCGUCCUCUCUGAGGAGUCAAUUACGGUUAAUGAUAAACUCGGCCGCAUUUUUUCUAUGCAGGAUAACUUUCACACCAACUAUCCAGCAUUGCAGUAUGGCAACCGUAAUUGGUUUGUGCUUGAGAGUGAAACUGAAGAAUUAUUUUCCUCUGCAUUACAAGGUAGAUAUCCAAGUAGCUCCUGGAUCUCAUGCAGAUGAAGAAUCAGUAAAUAAGCAGCUAAAUGAUAAGGAAAGGAUUGCUGCUGCCUUGGAGAAUCCAAACCUUCGCCAACUUGUUGAUGAGUGCCUUUACUCAAAUGAAAUCUGACAUUUUUUCUUCACUUCACUGCCAUGAAUAUUUGUAGGUAUAGAUGGCCAUUUUAGGGCCUUGUAUACGCAUCAAUAAACCACAGAGUUUCACACUUCAUGCUUGUAAGUUGCAAAAUCAUAUCCAGCUUGUUGAACAAAAUUGGCAUAUUCCCCACAUGGAUAGGAUAAUCAGUGCUAUUAAAUUAGAUCCAGUCCACUGGUUUGACCCAUUUAGAAGGAAACCAGGCAUAUGGCUGGAUAGUAUAAUCGUUGCAACAGAUUGAAUGGCC